CCAACAUAAUUGGUUUUAUGAGGUAUAGAAUGUGUCUAUUUCUUAUUUUUUACCUUACUAUCUCAUAGAUAUUCGGUCAUGAAGAUACAUGAUUACUUUGUCAAGAGUCACUCUAUACAUAGAUGUGGGAUGUUUUGCAAAGUCCAGUCUUGGAGGCCUUUGUCUGUGAUAUAUUUUUGGUCGUACAAGUAUUAGCAGCCUCUAUUGCUCUAAUUGAAAUCUACAGGAGUAGAUUUGGUCUGGAUUCAUGGAGAGAUUCUUGUUUGGGGCAUCUAUUUUCUUCUGUCGUUCGCAUAGGUUCUCAUCUCAGGGUUUUAUGCUGCUUAUUGUUGCCCGCUGUACAGCUAGUCACGGGAAUCAAUCACCCAUAUUGGGCCUCUUUUCCAUUUUUCAUUUGUAGCAGCAUUGGACUUGUUGAUUGGUCUUUAACAAGCAAUUUUCUAGGUCUCUUCUGGUGGUGGAGGCAUCUUUUGUUGUAUUCAGGCUUGAACAUCAUUCUUCUUUAUGUAUAUCAACUUCCCAUUGAGUUUUCUGAGAUCUUUCUUUGGGUUGCUGAAUUCAUUAGGCUCUUCAAAAUAUCUACAAAAUCAGAGUGGUCGGAAGUUUGUUCUGGUCUUUCCCUCCUACUUUUCUCUGUCAUGCUAUCCUGGAUUAGAUGUGAUAUUGCAGAAAUGGAUAUUAUCAUGUCCACAGGAGAACGCAGCUUGACUAAGCAGCUUCUGUACAAAAAGCAUUCGUUUUUCAUUCGCAAAUCAAGGGUGCUUUUGUCAAGCUAGGACAUUUCACGAAGAACAUUAGAAGCUUCCUUAGUGCUUCUCAGUCUCUGAAGUCUUGAGAGAAAUCUAGGAUGAUGUCCUAGGGUGUUUUUUUAUAUGAUCUGUGUUUUAAUCCACACAAUUGAAUUCGGGGAACGUUGUCAUUUUAUGCAUGUGUGUAUAUACAUACAUGUGUGUGUGUGUGUGUGUGUGUGUGUAUGCGUGUAUCUGAUUGAAAUUUUGUGAAAAAAAUAAAACCAUAUGUAAACCAUUAUAUUAUCUAACUUAAUAGUAAUUUUUUAUCAUAUUUUUGAAUGACCAA